GAAAAAACGAAAAAACGAAACAAAACACUUACAAAAAGAGAGGCGACCUCUGAAAUUAAAUCUGGUUGGAACAGGAUCUUCUCGGAACGUUUCAUUCUUCUUCUUCGCCGUCGCUGUUGUUUUGUUCGGAAUCUUCAAAUUCUCAUUCGAUUUUUUCCAAAAUCUUUGUUCUUGAAGACGAACCGUUGUUCAGUUACGAACUCCAUUGAUCUGCGUUCCUUUUGCGGAGCUUCUGUGCAGUUUUGAGCUGCAGUGCAUCACUGGGAGCGGAUUACUUAAAAACUAUGCUGAGGAGGAAGAAGAUGAAGCAGAGCUUCACCUUCUUCUUCUUCUUCUCUGUUGAUUCAUGGCCUCCUCUCAGCAUCGUUGUGUUUUCGUUGGGAAUAUACCUUAUGAUGCUACUGAAGAGCAGCUUAUAGAAAUCUGCCAAGGUGGGCCUGUAGUGUCGUUCAGAUUAGUUAUCGAUAGGGAAACUGGAAAACCAAAGGGCUAUGGGUUUUGUGAGUACAAGGAUGAAGAAACAGCAUUGAGUGCUCGUCGUAAUCUUCAAGGUUAUGAAAUUAAUGGCCGGCAGUUACGAGUUGAUUUUGCUGAGAAUGACAAGGGGGCAGACAGAAAUAGAGAACAGGGUCGUGGUGGACCUGGAUUGGUUGCAAAUGCUGGUGGCCCAACACCCCAAGGGGAAUCCAGUCAACAUCAACCAAUUGGUCUUCAUAUAGCUAUAACUGCUGCAGCCGUCAUGGCCGGAUCCCUUGGGGGUGCACAAGCGGCGUCUAGUCAGAAUACUUUGCAGAGUGCAACAAUGCCCAAUGAUCCUUUAACUUUACAUCUGGCUAAACUUUCUAGGAGUCAGCUUACUGAAGUUAUGUCAGGGCUAAAGGCAAUGGCUACACAAAACAAGGAUUUGGCUCGUCAGCUAUUGCUGGCAAGACCACAAUUAUCUAAAGCUCUUUUCCAGUCACAGAUAAUGCUUGGAAUGGUCACUCCACAAGUGUUGCAGAAGCCUAAUUUAUGGCAACCUUCGACUCAUACUCGGCUUCCUUUGCAUGAAAUUCAGCAGGGUCAGCCAUCAUCUCUUCAAAUUCAACCAGGGCUACCCCCUCUUGCACCUAACAGGAUGCAAACUGGUUUUGUACCCAAAAAAGAAACUCAAUUGUCUCUCACGCCCCAAAAUCCUUUGGCUCCCCAUCAGUUUUCUGCAUCCCGGCCUCCACUUCAAUCUCAAAUUCAGCCAUCACACGCUUUACAAGGCUCUUUGACCGGAAUACCUGGAGGCUCGUCGCUUCCUUCCAUAAGUUUGCAGGGAAAUAUAUCUGUUAGGCAACAGGUUCAGGUGCCCACCUCCUCUUCUUUAAAGCAGCAUAUGCGUCCUCCUCAACAAUAUUCGGGGCAUGGUGGGGCUUUAAUUCCUGGGCAUAACGCUCAUAUUGCUAACCCAGAAGCUAAACCUUCUCUUUUGCCUCAUCCUUCCUUAUCAGAUGCAGACUUUCAGCCUGGACCCUCCACCGCAUAUGGUGCAUCUCCGAUUGUGGGCAGUGAUGUUGAUAAGUCUUCUCAAGUUCCUCUUGGUGUGGAUGGUAAAAGAAAUGUACUUCACGGCUUUUCAGGAACAACUAAUCGGCCUGUAAAGCAAAUAAAAUUAGAGGAUGGAAAAGGCAGCCCUUUCUCAGCAGGAGGUCUAAGUGCAUCACUAGGUACCAAUGGAUCUGGACAACUUGGAAUUUCCUCAGAUCCCAAUCUGGCGGGAACGCAACACUCUGAGAAACCAACUUCAUUGCUUCCCCACAAUGUCGAGUCUGUACUACUGCAACAAGUUUUGAAUCUAACUCCCGAACAGCUUAACUUGUUGCCGCUCGAACAGAGGCUGCAAGUUGUUGAGCUCCAGCACGCACUUCGCAGAGACCAAAUGCGGCCAUCCUAGCAAGAAAAAUGUCGCUGAUCAUCAACCCUACACUCUCGGAAGCUCCGCUCCAAGCGAGGUAGCAGAAAGAUUCAGCUAAGUAGAUUGUAAAAUAUUUGGCUCCAGAAAGAUUCAGCAAGUGACAGUAAAAAAUACGUGUAAAAUUAUUGGUUGUCGAAGGGGUCCAAAGCGACGGGUCCUGCCCACAAGGUAUGAGUUUUCCAUAAACAACAUUCAUGUAAGGCUUACAAGCUUGUGAUUAUAGUGAUUCCUUAAUAAUAACAAAUCAAGAUAGGGGAAAAAAAUCCAACUGUGGAAGAAUUUUGAUAUAUUUUUUGGCCGUUAGAUUUGCUAUUAUAUUUUUGCCACUUUUGGACCUC